AUGACUGAAUCGAACAUUUCAUCUUUUCUUUAUAAUAUCAAUCGUUAUUCAAAAACAAAUUUUGAUUGUCUUUAUGCUCAUAUCAUUGAUGAUCUUUAUCAAAACGAUGGAACAUUUAUUCGUACAAAUUAUUUAACUCCCUUUUGCCAACGUCCACUAUUAAAUGAAUCUAUGAAUGAAGAUUUAACAUCGAAAGAAGGAUAUGUGAAAAAUAGAAUAAAUUUUUCAAGUUUACGUUCUCAAGGCAUUAGUAGUGAACAAUUACUUGAAUGGUCAAUAUCAAUUGAUAUAAUUGAAGAAUAUGCUAUAUAUUUGAUUGAAAAUGAUCCAAAACUUAGUGAAAUUAUUUUUUCAAAUUGUUCAUCAUUAUGGUUUGGUUCUCAUUGUCAAUAUACAUUUGGUUCAAAUAUUGAAAUUGAAUCAUUUGGUGAUUUUCUAGUUUCUUCAUUUAAUAAUCGACAGGAAUAUCCCUCUAGCAUUACAAUAAAUACUUGUUAUCCACAUUUAUUUGGAUGUUUCCGUGGUCCUAAACCAAUGUGUUUAGAUUGGCGUGAAAUAUGUAAUGGAAUAAUUGAUU